GAACCACUGUAUCCAUUUCACUUCCUUUUCCGUAUCCACACUCUCUAUCCCAGAACCAAAGAUGAGCGACGAAACGAGUGAAGUUCCACGUGGACCACCCCGUCUAAAUGAGAGGAUCCUUUCGUCUCUGUCAAAGAGAUCAGUUGCUGCACAUUCUUGGCAUGAUCUUGAGAGUGGAUCUGAAGCUCCAACCGUUGUCAAUUGUGUUGUUGAGAUAUCAAAAGGUAGUAAGGUCAAAUAUGAACUUGACAAAAAGACCGGAAUGAUUAAGGUUGAUCGGAUUUUGUAUUCCUCAGUCGUCUAUCCUCACAACUACGGUUUCAUCCCUCGCACACUAUGUGAAGACAAUGAUCCUAUGGAUAUUUUGGUUAUCAUGCAGGAGCCAGUUCUUCCUGGAUGUUUUUUGAGAGCCAGACCCCUUGGACUUAUGCCCAUGAUUGACCAGGGGGAGAAAGAUGAUAAGAUCAUUGCAGUUUGUGUUGAUGAUCCAGAGUACAAACAUUUCACUGAUAUCAAACAACUUCCCCCUCACCGCCUUACUGAGAUACGCCGUUUCUUCGAGGACUACAAGAAAAAUGAGAACAAGGAGGUUGCAGUCAAUGAUAUUUUACCUGCAGACACUGCUAUUGAAGCCAUCCAGCAUUCAAUGGACCUUUAUAACGAGUACAUCUUAGAAACAUUGAAGCAGGACAAAUGACCUAAUACCACGUCUCUUACUAUGAUUUCGUUAAACUUUUUUAAAUUUUAUUUCCUUUAUCUUUCACGUUUUCUGCAAAAUAUUCAAUGU